GCUUUCUGGGAUUCGAAUGGCAGAAACGGUGGUGUGCUCUCAGUAAAACAGUAUUCUAUUAUUAUGGAAGUGAUAAAGAUAAACAACAGAAAGGUGAAUUUGCAAUAGAUGGCUACAAUGUCAGAAUGAAUAACACCCUUAGGAAGGAUGGAAAGAGAGAUUGCUGUUUUGAAAUCUCUGCUCCUGAUAAACGUAUCUAUCAGUUUACAGCAGCUUCUCCCAAAGAUGCUGAGGAAUGGGUACAGCAGCUGAAAUUUGUAUUACAAGAUAUGGAAUCAGAUAUUAUUCCUGAGGAUGAUGAUGAAAGAGGAGAAUUAUAUGAUGAUGUUGAUAAUCCUCUACCAAUCAGCAGUUCACCAACAUGCGGUCAACCAAUAGAUGAAGAAAUUUAUGAAGAACUUCCAGAGGAGGAAGAGGACAGUGCUUCCGUGAAAACUGAAGAACGGAGGAAGAUGAGUCAGGACAGUGUUCAUCACACCUCAGGAGAUAAAAGCACUGAUUAUGCUAAUUUUUACCAGGGUUUGUGGGACUGUACAGGAGCUCUUUCUGAUGAAUUGUCAUUUAAGCGGGGUGACGUGAUUUAUAUUCUUAGCAAGGAAUACAAUAGAUAUGGCUGGUGGGUAGGAGAAAUGAAGGGAGCCAUUGGCUUGGUGCCUAAAGCCUACAUAAUGGAGAUGUAUGAUAUUUGAGAGUCCUGGAAAAGGAAGUCUUCCACUUGUCUGCAAGUGUUUUGGAUUUAGAAGCAUCAUGAAAGUCUGAGUGGCAGCUCAUAACCUUUGUUUUGUUGAACAUGGUCCUUGGCUGUUAUUGUAGGCAGUCUUUAAUUAAAAUAUUUUUCUGAUAUGAAAUUAAAUGAAAGGUGUUAAUGUAAAUUAGAUGCAAGCAGUAAAGCUAUACCUGUUGCUAUUUUGCAAAGAAAUAAUUAUAGUUUUUCUUUACUCAUUUGAUUUGUAUGAAGAAUUCAUCACUAUUUUAUAUUUACCAAAUAGACACUGCUACUUAUGGUGUGAGUUGUAAUUUCUCUUAAUAGUUGAACAUCAAUUAUUUUUUACAGUGUAAUAUAUAAUUUCAUUUUAUAUGAAAUAAAUUUCAUUUUAUUUUCAUUUUAA